AUGUCCGGCUACGACCAGUACAACCAGGGUGGCUACGGCCAGCAAGGUUAUGGCCAGCCAGGUUACGGCCAGCCAGGUUACGGUCAGCCAGCUUACGGUGGUCAGCCAGGUUACGGUGGCCAGGGUCACGACCAACAGCAACAGUACGGUCAGCCUCAACAUGGCUACGGCCAGCAAGGCUAUGGCCAGCAGGGUGGUUCUUCCGACUACUACGCCGGCCAGCAACACCAGCAGCAGGGUUACGGCCAGCAGCAGGGUGGCUCUUCCGACUACUACGCUGGCCAGCAACACCAGCAGCACGGCUACGGCCAGCACGACCAGGACCGUCAGGGUGGCUACGAGCAGCAGCAGGGUGCCCCGGGUGAGGCCCAGGAUGGCGAGCGUGGUAUUGCCGGUGCCCUCGCAGGUGGUGCCGCCGGUGGCUUCGCUGGCCACAAGGUCAACCACGGUUUCCUUGGAACAAUCGGCGGAGCCAUCAUUGGUAGCAUCGCUGAAGACGCCGUCAAGAAGCACCGCAACUCCGACAACCAGUCUCCUCCUCAGUACGGUGGCCCCCCUCCUUCCAACAGCGGCAGCGGUGGCUCCAUGAUGGAUCAGCUCGGUGGCUUCUUCAAGAAGUAG